AUGCAGGAUCCUGGCACUUCAGGAGUGGAACUAUGCAACGGGAGUUCUGAAAAUCUUCCUGGAAGUUGUGAAAUUGAGAUUUCAAAAAGUGAAAGAGAUGAAGACAGUGAAAUUACGUCUAAUGCAUAUGUUCCAACGCUUGAACUUCAAGAUGGAGGAAAAGCAGACGUUCCAACGUUCACAGGUCCCAGAGUUGUGGGAAUCGAGGAGGCAAAUUCUAUGCCUCUUCCACUUUUAGAAGAGGCUAAGCAGGUGGAUGAAGACACUUCCACGUCAGAAAGUGUGGGCGCUGAUACUAUUUGUAGUCAUGGAAUUGGUACAGAUCAAGUUGUUGGUCAAUUGACGACGAUGGAGAUUUUAAAGGACGAACCAUUUAUUUCGUCACAGAAUCAUGUCGUGGUCGUACAUGAGAUGAGUAAAGAUGUCGGUGUCUGUGUUAAUCCUGGAGAUGAAACUCAGGUGUCACAUGCUGUUCAGCUUCCUUCUGAUGCGAGUCUCAUGGUUGAUGAUCCUUGCUUGGACACCAGUUCUUCUGCUCAAGAUGUCUCCAAAAGAGAGAUAGAAGGUGCUGCCAACCUAGCAGAUGUGAAAGGAGUGGAUAAAUUUGAUGGAAAGGGAUCUGAGGAAAAAGAUCCUCGUAGUUUUCCUUUUACUGUUGAAAAUGUGAUUGCCAGAACAUACCAAAAGGAAGAUCCAGUCCUCCAAAAGGAUGUGGAGGUGGAGGUGCUCCGACCAGAACAAGAAACAUCUUCGAAUUCUAUUCGCAGGUUGUCUGCAGGGAACAAAGAUGUAGAUAUGAUGGAGAUUCUGAAAAGGCAUCUUUAUUUGUCCAGUGUCACAAAGGAUUUUCUCCAGUUGCAAAUUGCUGAGCAUAUUGACAAAAAAGUAGAAUUUGAUCCUAAUUUGUCUGAAGUUUCCAGGCUCCAGGAUUUAGUCAGAGAGAGUGAAGAAAGAAAUGCUAGCAUUAAUAAAGAGCUCAAUCAGUAUAAAGCUGAUCUUCAAGUCAUAUCUUCCAGCAAGAAGGACCUUGAGAUCCAAUGUCUUUCUGCUAGAGAUGAAAUUGAAGAACUCAGAUUAGAGGUCUCGGAAAUCCAGAAUGAACUGGAAAUGUCAAAAAAGGGAUCUACAAAUCUGUCAGCAGAAUUGGCCGACUGUAGAAAUGUAAUGGAGACACUACAGGCCGAAAAUUCAAAGAUAUCAGUGCAAAUUCUUGCAGAAGCAGAGGAGUCACACAAGCUUAAGGCGGAAAAAGAAUGCUGUACAGUGCAAAUUGAGGAACUCAACAAUCGAAUAUAUCUAUUGACAAAUGAAAUGGAAGACUCCAAAAGGGAGUUAGCAAAGUAUUUGGCAGAAUUGACUGAAUGCAGAUAUCUUGUCACGUCAUUGCAGAUGGAAAAUUCAAAAUUGAUUUCACAAAUGCUCUCAGGCUCUGAAGACAUGAAUAAAAUUAAGGCAGAAAGAGAACACCUUGCAAAUGAAAACAUGAAGAUUGCUGCUGCAUUAUCUGAGGAAAAGUAUCAGUUAUCUGUUGCACUUCAAAAAAUGGAUCAGCUUGAGGGAGAAUUCAAAGAGACAGUUACCUCUGUUGAGAAGCUUACUGAGGAAAAAUUUUAUCUCCUGAGUUGUCUGGAUAUACAUAAAGUAAAGGUUAAAGAGCUCGUGAAUGUCUUACAGGAGUCAUGUUCCCAAGAACAGGAAUCCGGGAUACUGACAAAAGAUUCUAUUGCUGGUAGUAUGGAUGGUAACGAUGCAACUGGAGGGUCUCAGACAAGCCAUGCUGAUUGUACAGGAGCUAGUUUCAACAAAUCGGAUAAUUCCUUAGACCAAUGUCCUGAAAAACCGCGUUAUAGACAAGUUGAAAAGAGUGAUUUCAGUGAACAUACCAUUUCUUGUGUCAUGAAAGGGCGAUCGGUUGAAGCUGAGGAAAUGCUGCUGAAGCUUGAAAAGGCAGCUGCGGAUAUGUACGAGCAUUGUAUCUCCUUGGGUAAUGUGGGGGACAGAGUGGCAACCUCUGGAGUCUCAAAACUAAUUCAGGCUUUUGAAUCGAAAACUCAUUCGUGUGUCAUGCCAUCAGUUGAGGUACCGCCAGUUGAAGGACAGAGUUUGGCGGAACUAGAUUCAUUUAACCUGGUAAAAGAGGAAAUAGGCAAUCUGAGAUCUAUUUUGAGGCAUAUGGACUUGGAUACAGAAAUGGCAAAAAUUCCUUGCAAGAAAGAACACGAUAAUGAGAUUGCCAAGGAGGUUGAAGUUGAGUGCGAAGUUUUAACGUUGAGAAAUAAUGAACUCCGUGGAACAAUUGAUGAACUUGUUAUGAAACUGGCUGAGUGUAAAACGAAUAUUGAUGAUCUACAGAUCCAGUUGGAUUCUACAUGCGCAAAUGCUGAAGAAAUCUCAAGAAGGCUUUUAAAUCAGGUAGAGUCAUUGCAGAAGGAGGUGAAUGGAAUGGCAAAUUCUCUUGAGGAGCUAGGCAUGAUGAAGGAUGCGAUUUUAUUGUCAACUCAGAAGCUUGAUGCAUGUACUGGGCUGCGGGUACCUGGUGAUUCCGAUGUUGAUUCUCAUCUAACCAUUUCAGUAAACGCUGUCACCAAAAUGAUUGAGGAUUUGAAAGAUAAGCUUGAAGCUGCUUGUCUGGAGCGUGACAAAAGCCAUGCUUCUUCUGAGGAGCUUUAUAGAGAUUAUACUUGCUUGCACAAAAAUCAGGAAUCGGCUAAUAGGAUUUUAUAUAGAAUUCACAAUAUCUUGUUCAAAGACAUAAAUAAUUCUUCAACUACUGGGGAGGAACCUGAACUUGUCUCUUGUGAGAAUUCAGUUGAUGUGAAGGGCAAGGAAGUGCAGCAACCGACUACAGAAGAUUUCGAAAUGCUUUCUGACCAUUUGAAUAAGCUUUUGAAUGAAAAAUUACUGCUUCAUUCUGCAAAGCAUGAACUUGAGUUCGAGCUUGCACGCAGAAACCAAGCAAUGGAAGAACUCCUGGAACAAUGCAACAAUUUGACUAAAACUUUGGAAGAAAACAAUUGUACAAUGGCGGAGCUCAGAUCGUUAUCAAUCAGAAGGGAUCAAGAUUUCAAUGAGCUGAACAGAGGAUGUCUAACAUUGGCUAAGAAGCUUGAAAAUUGGGAAAUGAAUGCAUCUCGAGUUGUCAGCCCUGAGUUGCAUGAGCAUAAUGAAGUUACGAAUCCUGAGAAGAUGGAGAUGGACGCAGUUAGCCUACUACUGAUGCAUCUAGAUGAUCUGGUUACAUCAGUUAUUCAAGAUCAUGGAGAAGCUUUACAGCAACUAAAGUUGUCCAAAAGCCAUUUGCUUGAAGCUUUUUCCCGCUCAGAAUCUUUGGAUCUAAGGCAAUCAGACCCGUUGCAUACAUUUGUAGAGAAGGAGAUCGUACCCAGGAUUUUUGAGUUAUCAGGUUUGGAGGAAAAAUUGAACGCAUUAACGUCGAAAAGUUUGCUACAGGAAAACGAAAUGCAAACUCUCGAGGAUAAUUUGAGAAAAACGGGAGAAGCUCUCGAAAUUGCUCGUUCUGAGUUGAGUUACAAAGUAACUGAACUCGAGCAAUCUGAACAGAGGCUUUCAUCUGUCAGAGAGAAGCUUGGCAUAGCUGUUGCAAAAGGCAAGGGUUUAGUUGUGCAACGUGACAGUCUUAAGCAGUCAUUUUUGGAGGCAUCGUCUGAACUUGAAAUGUGCAAGCAGGAGCUUCAGACAAAGGAGGCAAAACUCGGUGAUCUUGAGGCAAAGCUUAAAUCUUCAGAAGCAGAUCGUAUUGAAGCUUUGGAGUCGGAGCUCUCAUAUAUUCGAAAUUCAGCCACUCAAUUUAGAGAUUAUUUCCUUCAAAAAGAUUCUAUUCUUCAAAAAGUUGAAGAAACUGUGGAAGAGCUAGAUUUGCCAGAGGAGUUUCAUUCUAAAGACAUAGUAGAAAAAGUUGAGUGGCUAGCUAAAUCUGUUGCUGGCAGUACUUCCCUCUCCUUAACUGAUUGGCAACGACAAACUACUUCAGCGGAAUCUCAUGCAGACACUGGCCUUGUCAGUAUGGAUGGUUGGAAAGAUGGCUUGCCGUCAGUUUCUACUCUGCAGUUAGAUGAUCUGAAUAGAAAAUAUGAGGAGCUUCAGAGUAAAUUCUAUAGUUUGGCUGAGCAAAAUGAUAUGCUGGAGCAGUCUCUUAGAGAGAGGAACAGCCUUGUUCAAAGGUGGGAAAAAGUAUUAGACGGAAUUGACAUGCCACAACAGUUAAGAUCUUCAGAACCAGAAGAUCGGAUUGAGUGGUUAGGAAGAAAACUCUUGGAAGUUCAGCAAGAAAGAGAUUCUUUGUCACUGAGGAUUGAAAACCUUGAUGCAGGCCUUGUCACCAUUAGACGUGAAAAUGAACUUCUUUCAAGGAAUCUUGAUGAACUCAGGUCUGAAUACUCAGAAAUAUCAGACACAGCUGCCCAAAAUGAAUUCGAGAAAGAUAGUUUGCAAAGGGAGAUAUCUGCUUUACAGGAAAAAUUGAUGGGGAAAUUCAAUGAAGAGUAUACUGAAAUUGAGAUUGAGGUGAAGAACUUAAUUGAUUUAGUGAGUGAAGCACUUACUGAUCAAGACAAACCAGAUAUAUCUUCAAUUGAUAACAAUGCCAAGCAUUUGGGAAGAUUAGUUGGAAAGCUUGUAGAGAGCUAUAAAACCCUUUGUUUGGAGAAAUGUGUAACUCCUGAUGAUUCUUCUAGUGCUCAUAAUGAUAUGAUAUCCGAGGAACAGAAUCUCAAAGAAUCGAUUUAUGAGAAGGAGCAGACCUUGGUGGCGCUGAAGGUUGAACUUGAUGAAGUGUCCCGUAAUUUGGCCAUUGCCAGGGAGGAGAGGGAUGCAAUCAUUGAGAAGUAUCACAUGCAGACUUCUGGAAUGGAAGCGUUGGUAAUACAAAAGGAUGCAUUGCAGGAAGAGAGAGACAGAGCUAUGGACAAGUAUCAAUCUCUUUCUUCAGAAUUUGAGUUAAUGACUAAACAGAGGGAUCUAUUGCAGGAUCAACUUAAUCAGGAGGAACAAAGGUCAGCAUCCACAAGAGAGAAGUUAACUGUUGCAGUCAGGAAAGGAAAAGGGCUGGUUCAGCAAAGAGACAGCCUUAAAAAAACUUUAGAAGAAAUGAAUACUGACUUGGAACGCUCGAAGAAAGAGGUUAACCAACAAGUGGAAACCCUUCAGUCAGAGAAUCAGCGGCUGACAAAUGCCCUUUCAGAGGCUGAGAAUGCUCUGCAUCAUCAUUCACAGACCUUAAAUAAUUUUUUGACUGCUUUACAUUCCAUUGAUCUCGGUGUUGACAUUGACAUAGUUGAUCCUGUUCAGAAGAUCGAAUGGAUUCAUAAGCUAAGUCACGAUCUGCGUGCAGAAGUUCAUUCUUCUGCAAAUGAGGCAGUUAAAUCUAAAAGGGCAGCUGAAUUGCUUUUUGCUGAGUUGAAUGAGGUACAGGAAAGAGCUGAUAGUCUCCAGGAGGACCUGGGGAAGGCUGAAGCCGCUCUUGCUCAACGAUCCCUAGAAAGAGAUAUUGCUGAGGCUGGAAGAAGUGAUGCUCUUUCACAUCUUGAGCACUUUGUGAUGAAUCGCACGGAAGAAAAAAAGAUCCAGCUUGGUUAUAUCAUGGAAUUAAAAGAUGACAUAUUAGAACUGAGAAAAGGCUUGCUGGGUCUUACUGAUGCUCUCGCCCUUGCCCUUUCUAGGGAUGUGGAUCUCUUCUGCAGUAUGCAGUCCAGUGUGGCUUCUGUUAUGAAGCUGAUGGAUGGCACCAAUCCAAAUGACCUUCCUCUCCUUGCACCUGUCAGCCUUUUCUCCAUUGAUGUGAUAAAUGAGGUAAUUCCUCUAUUUCAUUUCUUUUCCCGCUAGAAAUAACUCGUGGUAGCAUCUAUAGUUACGGGUAUCCCUGAAUACGUGUGUUUUAUAUGAUUCUUCGGGAACUUUUUUCCUAUUCUUAAAAUAUCCUGUAGUUAGCCAUGCCUAGUUUCUUCAGAACAUUCUUCUUAACUUUGGCUUAUGCCUACGUGAAUGGCAUAUUAUUCCUUGGUCAACUAGAGAGGUAUUCUAGCGUGUUGAUUUAAUUUCUUACUUUCUACGUCAGAGAGGGGAGGCUAUUGGUCUAUCAACUGAUAAAAUGCAAUCGGAUGUUUGGGGUACUGUAAGUGAUAAAGGGGUCGUAACUCAUAUCACAGGAAGAAACUUUGCACAGAGUUAAAGUUAAAGAUAUGUGUACUGCUCUUCCCUCUCUUGCUCUUUGACGAGAUGCAGCACUCAUAGCAAUUGCUAUGAGCCGUCCAGUAAAUAAAAAACCCACUUACAAGGUCUACCCACUAAGGAGUCAGACUCCUUAGGCCAAUUCCUUCUCUUUUCUGUCUCAUUUGCUUCAGACUGGAAGAAUCUGUUCCAUUAUGUCAGCUUUAUUGAAGGAUGCCAUUGACUCCUGGUCUCUGUGCGUCGUGUCUUCACAUUAUCGUAAAUGUUAAUAUGGAAUCAUCUGGAACUGGACAAUAAGUUUCUCCCCGGUGAUACCUUAGUUUUUCAGGUGAUAUCAAGGAACCCAUGAGUCUUCUACGUAUGGAAAUGGUUCUCUUGUCAACAAGGGACUGCAGCAGACUUUGGGCUAUCCUGUUGACCUUAAGUAGCUAUCUUCCGAAACAGUGUUAGCCUUCAACUCUAUGACGGUUUUGGAGUGCAAGUGUAAGAAUGCGUCACUACUAUAUCCAGAUCCGUAAGCCCAUUGAUUGGUAGAUUUGUAGUGGCUCGAUGGCAUAACCUGUGGAAGUAAUCACCAUGUUAAGUCUGGGACCUUCUAGCUCGGUGGCGAGGAGCUUAAAAUAUGAUGGGUUGGAAACACCUACAGUAGUGCUACGACUGCAAUGUGGUGAGUUGAUUUUAGGUGAAUUACAUGCAGAAAUUAGGGCAAAUCAUGAUGACAGGUGAUCACAUGAUGACUUGAGAUAUUUAUAGUAUUGUCAACGAGGGACUGCUUGCCAAGUCAGCCUUGAAAUUUUAUUGCGUCAUCCAAUCAACAAAGUUUCUCCCGGUCACCAAUUUAGUUUCACGUGCAAAGCCAAGCCAUGCUCAAUAAUAAGCUCGUUCUUAUAUCACAAGAGCGAUGAAAACGAAAUUAAAAAUUCACAAAUAGACUUAAAAAAGUAGAAAUAGACAAGAUGCAUCAGAAGCUUUAAUGAAAGAUUGCUGCAACUUUGUUUUCACUUCAAUCACUCACUUGAGAUGUAGAAACUUGUAUAACUUGGAGUGCUUGUGCCUUAGAUUUUAUCCUCAGGCUUUUUCCAAUUACAAAAGCUUAUUUAUAAGCCUUGAAUGUGCCCUUGUUCGUGGCUUGAGGAAGUGACCCCAAAAAUAGGCAUAGAUCUCAUAUUAUUCUAUUAUUAUUAUUUUCUUGUAUUGAAAGGGUUGGCAAUCGCUGGUAGGUUGUCAAAACCAAUGUCAUCUGCAUAGCAUGGUCUGUUGGCUCAGGUUCAUGACUGCUGACACCUUAGUCAAGUUGUCAGCACCAGUGAAGAAAUUAUGAAUUAUUGAACUCACUGUGUUGAGACAUAUCAAUAGUUGUUAUCGUUCUAUAUUGCUUUCGAUUUCGUAGUUGGGUUGACUAUUGGGAUGACACUCACUGGAAGAAAAUGUCAGAACACUUGGUAUGUUGACACCAGAGUCGCAACAUACUCAAUAGAAAAAGUGCAUGUUUCAUAAAGCAUAAUUUUUUUUUAAAAGAAGUGUUGCAUCUAAAGUUUUGUACAUAUGAAUUGGAAACUCCACACCGACCCUUUGCACACUAAUAAUGGUGAAGUUUCAUCACCAAACUGACCUCUUCUUUUCUCUGUUGGUGCCUCUUCACUUGCCACACGGAGAUUGCGGGUUAUGCAAUGCAUAUUUGGGGUUUAGCAAAGUUGGUGGCAAGGACUUUGGGAAGGGUGGGUGAAUAUGCUCUGGUCUAGCUGAUAAAGGAUGAGGAGGUGAUCCUCACCUGCGAAUGGAUCGAGUAUAUAAUUUCAAAUUCACCAUCACUGGGGCCAUAAAAAAAUUCGAUUUCUAAACGGCUGAAAAAAGGGGCAGAAUGAACCUCUUGUCAUCUUUGUUGUUGUUCAUCAAGGCAUGAUGAAUACAAUAAUUGAAUUGUAUUUUUGAUAAUUUAAGAUGAUUCCAUGAAGCGUAAUGGGGAUUUUCCUAUAAAAUGUAGAUCCAUGUCUAUUGCUAUAUCACGUCCUAUACGUGGAGGUGAGUUAUUUUUUGAAUCGUAAUUGUUAAUCAUCAGAUAAAAUUAUGAACGGCAUAUCUUCAUUUUUUUUUAUAUACCCACUCUCAAACAACAUGGAUGGCUGUUUUUCUCUUCCAUUGAAGGGUUUUCCUAAUUGGUGUUUUUUCUGUGCUUUACGACUCUCCCUUAUUUUCUUGGAAUUGUCAUGAUUUCUUGACAAUUUCUCUCUUCUACUGAUGUUACCUUAGGACAAGUAUUCUGCUGCCGAUGGCUUCUCUGAAGCAGAUAUAUCUGAAGAUGAUGAGAGUGGUCUAAUUACCCAAUAUCAAAAACUUGCUGGUCACAGCUUACGUCAAUGCAUCAAGGAUUUUGCUCAUCUGAAGGAGAAACUUAAUAAACGCUCUUCUGCUGUCGAUCAACAUAAUAAAGAUCUUUCUAGAAUGAUGGAGGCCACUCAAAGUAGGAUGGUAUCUCAAGAAUUAUCGUCUGAAUCCCUAAAGAAAGACAUUGCACAUUUUGAGACGAUGACUAGGGACAAGGAGAAGGAGCUGAGUUCAUUACACGAAAAUAUUUCUUUGCUGUUUGAAGCAUGCAGAAGAUCGGUUUUAGAACUUGAAAAUAGACGAACGCAGAUGGUUGGAAAGUCUGGGGCAUCGUUGGCAUUACCAAGUUGGCUUCACAGAGAAGGAGCUGGAGAUAAACGAGCUUUGUUUAGUGAUGAUUUCGUCAGAGCAGUCGCGGAUUCCAUGUUGACUAGUGUUGAGAGUUUAGGUGAUGUGAAAGAGGUCGUCGAGGAGAAACAGAGGGAAUUCAAAGCCGCCAUAUCAGAUUUGCAGAGAGAGAUACAGGAAAAGGAUGUGCAGCAGAACAUAAUCUGUGCAGAGCUUGUGUCACAAAUAAGAGAUGCCGAGGCCGUUGCAGAGAAAUUUUCCGUAGAUCUUGAUUCUGCAAAGAGACUGGUUGAGGAACUACAGUCUCAGAUCAAAGAGAUGAAAAAUGAUAAAAAGUUAGAGACUGCCAGAAAAGAGUAUGAACAGAGGAUCAAGUCCUUAAUGGAUUCUCUAACCGCCAAAGAUCAAGGCAAGUCAAAUUUUGAACUUUUUUAUAAUUAUCUUAACAAUUGAUUUCCCAAUUAAAUGUAGCUAUUUGGCUUAUUGAUCGAGUUCGUUGCACAUCCCUUUGUUUUUUUUUUUUUUUUUUUCCUUAUGUUGCAGAAAUCGAGAGCCUCAUGCAAGCACUUGAUGAAGAAGAAUCUCAGAUGGAAACCUUGCAAAGUCGGAAUCAAGAACUAGAGCAAAUUGUUUUGAAAAAUAAUCUAGCACUGGAGACUGUUGAGGCUUCUCGGGCAAAAGCUCUGACGAAGCUCUCGACGACUCUGACCAGAUUUGAGGAGUUGCAUCAUCUAUCAGAAAACCUUCUUGCCGAGGUCGAAAACCUUCAAGUUCAAAUGCAGGAGCGGGAUUCAGAGAUUUCAUUCUUGCGUCAAGAGGUAGCCAGGUGUACUAGUGAUGUUCUUGGCAAGCAGGAAAGCAACAAGAAGCUCUCUUCUGACUUGGACGAGGUGCAGACCUGGAUGGAUGCGAUGGUUUUACGCCUUGGGGGAAAUAAAUUCAAUGCAGACGAUCAGAACCCUAGCCGUAUUCAUUCUCACAUUAUGUACCUCAACAAGCAGAUUCCAACCGUUAUUGCCGAACUCGAAGACUUGCGUUUAGCUGGGCAGAACAAAGAUGCUCAGCUGGAUGCCGAAAAAGGUAAGGUGAAUGAGCUUUCCCGGAAGGUGGGAGUUCUUGAGACUUCGUUACAGGAGAGAGAAUCCCAAAUACACUCCUUUGGGGGUACAAGAGAUCCUGGACAGACGUUGACUGUGAAGUCUCCAGAUUCGUUGGAAAUCGAGCCCGUGGUGCGUCCAAAACUCACAUUUGCCAUUUUAUAUCUAUUUCAUGUAUUCGGUGAUCUAUUGAACACAUAUGAGCAUUGAUCCUCACUAAGAACUAUUCAAAACUCAUUAAAACUACCUGAUGGAAGUUGUGUUGCGUAGCUUUUAUUCUAUUCCAUAAUCUAAAGUAUUGUUACCGUAUAUAGCUUUUAUUGUGUUGCGUAGCUUUUAUUCUAUUCCAUAAUCUAAAGUAUAUAAUCUAAAGUAUUUAUUCUAUUCCAUCCAACCAACCGACCACAUAGAAUCUCUCUCAUCUGUAGUGGCAUGCACACUGAUUUGGUCACACAUGCCUCUUCUUUAGAUCUUGAUUCAACGCAGCUUCUGGGCUUAUCUAAGUCCUGCUCUUCUCCAGGUCCAAAGUAAGAUUUUCCUGCCAGAAUCCGACCUAAUUUCCGUUUUGAUAUUGCGCCGCAGAUGAACAAAAGAUCUACUUCAGCCUCUGUCACGCCACAUGCCCGCAGCGGGCGCAGGGUCAACAGCGAGCAGGUUUCUGUAGCCAUAGAUAUAGAGCAAGACAAUGCCUCCCUUGAUGAUGAAGACGAUGAUAAAGGUGAGCUCCAUUGCACUGGUCUUGACUCCUUCUUCGUCUUAUAUAGUAGUAAAAAAAAAAAAAAAAAAAGAGGCUCUGACCCCUCUGUGUUUUUUUUCCUUCUAUUUAUGGAAGCCCAUGGAUUCAAAUCACUCACGAUGUCAAAGAUCGUUCCGAGAGCCGCUCGACCUGUUGCCGACCGAAUCGACGGGCUAUGGUAGGCGCGCGACCCUCCCUGUUCAAAGUUCAAAGUUCAAAGUUCAAAGUUCACACUCACCGACGUGUUGCCUGCACUCUUUGAAACACCAGGGUUGCCAUUGAGCGGCUACUCAUGAGGCAACCUUCUCUACGGCUUGGGCUAAUGCUCUACUGGGUUCUGCUCCAUGCCAUGCUCGCUGCCUCCAUUUGA